CCUCAAUCGACAAGACAUUUGAUAGCAACUUUACAGCCUAGAUUGUUAUCAAAAAUUCACAAAAAUUCGCUUUUUAAGGCACUUAACUCAGUGGUUGAAAAGCUACCUUACUGAAAACAAUGAACUUGAAAUUCCUGGGUUUUAUGUUUAGCACCGUGAUUUGCUGCACAGAAGCUGUUGAGAGAACUGCACGGAUUGUCAAUGGAACGGACGCAACUAUUGAAGAAUUCUCAUUUCUGGUGUCACUUAGGACUAGUACUGGACAUAGCUGUGGAGCUACAAUCAUCAAUGAGUGGUGGGUCUUGACAGGAGCAAUUUGCAUCAAAGAUGAGUCAAUUGAUCACCUGAGCAUCCUUUAUUCAUCCACAUACCUUAGAGACACGGGCCCGAACAUUAUUCAAGCUGAAAAAUUCAUUAUUCAUGAAGGAUUUAACAGAAGUGACACAUUUAUUCAUGACAUUGCUGUCGUUAAGUUAAAGUCACUAAUGCAGAUUAAUUUGUUUGAUUAUAAAGUCAAAUUGGCAGUUAAAGGAGCUUUGUACACGACGGGAAUGCUGGCAACAUUUGCUGGUUGGGGUAAAAACUCGACAUACGCAACUCAUUCAACAACACUACAGAAAGUUGAUUUUAAGCUUUAUUCAGCUGAAGACUGCACUCCAAUAAUGAAAGCUAAUGUUCAUCCCACACAAAUCUGUGCUGGUCCUAUUGCUGGAAAUUCGAGAGUUUUUGUGGAAGCUGUCGACAGAACUGCACGUAUUAUUAAUGGAACGGAUGCAACUAUCGAAGAAUUUUCAUUUAUGGUGUCUUUGAGGACAAGCAUUGGACACAAUUGUGCAGCUACGAUUUUAAACGAGUGGUGGGUACUUACGGGAGCAGUUUGCGUUGAAGAUGAGCCAAUAUCAACCAUUAGUAUUCUACAUUCAUCAACAUACUUAAGAUCUACAGGACCUAACAUUAUUCAAGCUGAAAAAUACAUAAUCCAUGAGAAAUUCAAUGCCAGUUAUUCUUGGAUCCAUGACAUUGCUAUCGUUAAAUUAAAAUCACCAAUAAUCAUAAAGUUAUUUGACUGGAAAACAAAAUUAGCAGUCAAAGGAGCUGUCUAUUCAACAGGAACUUCAUCGGUUACAGCAGGAUGGGGUUCAGCCUCUACUACAGGACCAAUGAUGACGACUUUACAAAAAGUCGACCUGAAAAUAUUCUCGGCUAGUGAUUGUAAUGCAUUCGCUGACAGAAAAGUUUAUCCGACUCAAAUUUGCUCUAUGAUUGAAGGAGGAUACAAAGGAGAAUGUUAUGAUAAUUGGGGUCAUGAGCCAUGUGCAAGUCCUAAUCGACCAACUGUAUCUACUGCGAUCGGCCAUUAUGUAGACUGGAUUCAAGAAAAAAUUGGCUCUGAUGUGAAGAGUAAUAUGUUUUUAAUAGGAUAA